AUGGUCGCGCCCGCCGCCGCCGCGCGUCACUUCCGGGCCGCGGUCCGGCCCCGACCCCGCGCCCCCGGCCCCGCCUUCCGCGCGCGUUGGUUCCGGAGGUGGUGUGUUCGCCGGAGCGCGAGCCCCGGGCCGGCAUGGCGGCGCGCCCGGGCUGAGGACGGCCGGGGGCUACGCUGCGACUCCCUUCUCCCCUCGCGCGACCGCCUCAUUGGCGCCGCGGGUGCCCGGGCCCGCCCCUUCCUUAGCGGCUGCGGGUUCCUCACGGGCCGCGGCGGACGCGGACUGCGGUGCCCGCGCGCUUGCGACCGGAAUGGUUUUUUAAAGACGUGUGAUUGUUGGCAUGGGUGCCGUUACCUACUGACUCUGUCUGCCCUUACAGACAGACCUAAAUUGCCUGAUAACUACACUCAGGACACCUGGCAGAAGCUUCAUGAAGCAGUGAAAGCCAUACAAAGUAGUACCUCCAUCCGCUAUAACCUGGAAGAGCUCUAUCAGGCUGUUGAAAACCUUUGCUCCCACAAAGUGUCCCCGACGCUCUACCAGCAACUGCGCCAGGCCUGCGAGGGCCACGUCCAAGCACAGAUCCUCCAGUUCAGAGAAGACUCACUAGACAGUGUGUUGUUUCUCAAGAAGAUUAACACAUGCUGGCAGGAUCACUGCAGACAGAUGAUCAUGAUCCGGAGCAUCUUCCUGUUCCUGGACCGCACGUACGUGCUCCAGAACUCCACGCUGCCCUCCAUCUGGGACAUGGGGUUAGAGCUGUUUAGAAACCACAUCAUCAGUGAUAAAAUGGUCCAGACGAAAACCAUCGACGGCAUCCUGCUGCUGGUGGAACGGGAGCGGAGCGGCGAGGCAGUGGACCGGAGCCUGCUGCGGAGCCUUCUGGGCAUGCUGUCCGACCUCCAGGUAUAUAAAGACUCAUUUGAACUGAAAUUUUUGGAAGAAACAAAUUGUUUAUAUGCUGCAGAAGGCCAAAGGUUAAUGCAAGAAAGAGAGGUUCCAGAGUAUCUUGACCAUGUGAGUAAGCGCUUGGAGGAGGAGGCGGACCGCGUGAUCACAUACCUAGAUCACAGCACACAGAAACCGCUGAUCGCCUGUGUGGAGAAGCAGCUCUUAGGAGAACAUUUAACAGCAAUUCUGCAGAAAGGGCUGGACCACCUGCUGGACGAGAACCGAGUGCCGGACCUCACGCAGAUGUACCAGCUGUUCAGCCGCGUGCGAGGCGGCCAGCAGGCGCUGCUGCACCACUGGAGCGACUACAUCAAGACUUUCGGGACAACAAUUGUCAUCAAUCCUGAAAAAGACAAAGACAUGGUGCAGGACCUGCUGGACUUCAAGGACCGAGUGGACCAUGUGAUAGACGUGUGCUUCCAGCGGAACGAGAGGUUCAUCAACCUGAUGAAAGAGUCCUUUGAGACGUUCAUCAACAAGAGGCCCAAUAAGCCUGCAGAGCUGAUUGCAAAGCACGUAGACUCGAAGCUGAGAGCAGGGAACAAGGAGGCGACGGACGAGGAGCUGGAGAGGAUGCUGGACAAGGUCAUGAUCCUCUUCCGGUUCAUCCACGGUAAAGACGUGUUUGAAGCAUUUUACAAAAAAGAUUUAGCGAAAAGACUCCUGGUUGGGAAAAGUGCCUCUGUCGACGCUGAGAAAUCUAUGCUGUCGAAGCUGAAACAUGAGUGUGGGGCCGCCUUCACCAGCAAGCUAGAGGGCAUGUUCAAGGACAUGGAGCUCUCCAAGGACAUCAUGGUUCAUUUCAAGCAGUACAUGCAGAAUCAGAGUGACCCGGGCUCCAUAGACCUGACCGUGAACAUACUGACCAUGGGCUACUGGCCGACAUACACACCCAUGGAGGUGCAUCUGACUCCAGAGAUGAUCAAGCUACAGGAAGUGUUCAAGACGUUUUAUCUGGGGAAACACAGUGGGCGGAAGCUUCAGUGGCAGACGACGCUGGGCCACGCUGUGCUGAAAGCCGAGUUCAAGGAGGGAAAGAAGGAGUUCCAGGUGUCCCUGUUCCAGACGCUGGUGCUGCUCAUGUUCAACGAAGGGGACGGCUUCAGCUUCGAGGACAUCAAGAUGGCCACUGGCAUAGAGGACAGCGAACUGCGGAGGACGCUGCAGUCCCUGGCCUGUGGCAAAGCCCGUGUCCUCCUCAAGAGUCCCAAAGGGAAGGAGGUGGAAGAUGGAGACAAGUUCCUCUUCAAUGCAGAGUUCAAGCACAAGCUCUUUCGGAUAAAGAUCAAUCAGAUUCAGAUGAAGGAGACGGUGGAGGAGCAGGUGAGCACCACGGAGCGCGUGUUCCAGGACCGGCAGUACCAGAUCGAUGCCGCCAUUGUGAGGAUCAUGAAGAUGAGGAAGACGCUGGGCCACAACCUGCUCGUCUCCGAGCUGUAUAAUCAGCUCAAGUUCCCAGUCAAGCCUGGAGAUCUGAAGAAGCGCAUUGAGUCUCUCAUAGACAGGGACUACAUGGAGAGGGACAAGGACAGCCCGAACCAGUACCACUACGUGGCCUGAGGCCCGCCCCCCAGGAGACACAGCGCCCCUUCAGGGAGAAGCCCGUUCCGCGGUGCCUGGGCCGCCACUGCGCCCGCACGGGGCGGGCGUCCUUGGACCACUUUCCGGGCUCCGGGACUCGCAGGUGGCAUGUGUCUUCCCUCCAGUUCUUCCUCCUGUUCCUUUAGGCGCUUGAUGAUUUCCAGGGCUCCGCAGAGUGGCUGAGGUUGGGUAGGCAGGCAGUCUCCUUUGUAAGCAGUGUUCUUGUGCAGAAGCUGAUGUCCUCUGUGUGUGUGUGUGCGCGUGUGCAGGUGUGAGACCCUGCGUGCUGCCUUCCAUCGCGGCAGGACCACCGUGCGCUCCAGACGCAAGCUCUUAGGCCCAGAACAGGAGCCCCUGACUGGUGAACAUGAGGGAGAACCCGUAGUGUCACAGCUGAUGAAUCACACAGCCUGCAUAGUAGCUUCUGUUCGUUCCUUUGCACCAAGUUUUAACCUUGAGGCCUGGUUUCUGGACGAGGCUCCUCGCGAGGCCUUGCUCCUUGGAGAGGAGGUCGCUCUGGCGCCUGUGACGCUGUGAGCCCGUCCCUGUCUCCGUUUUGCUUCCGCCGCGUUGCUUGUGAACUUUCUCUGUGGGGGAUUAGCGGGAGCCGUGCGUGCGUGUGUGUGUGUGUGCGCACCGUCCCAAGGCUGCGCCUGGCAGCCCCUGUUCUCGGCCCAAGGGCGGCUGCUGUGUGACCUGUUCUAACUGCGUGUUUGUACGAUGGCGACAGUCAAGUCUGGUUCUCUUUUCACGGCCCUGGGCGGCAGCUGUCCUCCACGUGACCACAUCAGCGCCUCAAGGAGACCAGUGUGGCGCAGAGGUGGCCUCAUGGGCACCUGCCGUCACGCGCGUGCAUAAGGGAGCCACGCCGCGGACGCUGGUUCGUGUGGGAACCACAACAAAGAUACUUUUGUGAGAACAUUUAAAAGUACUUUAUAUUUUACAUAAUAGCAUGUUUCGUUUUGAUUAAAAGCUACCAAAGGAAUUUUGAUCAUGGUGUAAGUGUUGAAAGCAAUAUUUUCUGGAAUAUACCAAGUUUAUAUCAUUUGAUUUUUGUGCUAAAUUAUUAAAAGAUUCUCCCUUUUUGAAACAUGCGUCUUUAAAAUAUGAAAUCUCAUGGGUUUCCAGAUGAAAACCCUCCCUCUUUGCGUGUCCUCUUUUCUCUUUGUAAAUUAUCAGUUGUGAGUUUAUCACAUGUGGUCAAUCAGAGACCAGUAGCUUCUGCUUCUUAGACUAAGUUCUAUGUCUCUCAAUUGUUGAUACUGUAAUUUAAUGUAGACUUACUCUGAAUAAAAGUAGUUUCAAUUGGCCUUAAAA